AUGGAGAACAGUCAACAUCAGCGGGAUCGGCGUCUAGGGCACCGUGACUGGGCGGCUGCAGAGCGCAUCGGUAAGGAACAGCUUGCGACCGGAAUGCAGGGGAAGGCAUCCCGUACCCCAUUCCCAGAAGAAACCGAAAGGAAGUCGUUACAAGUCCUCGAUAUUGUCUACACGGACCUUUGCGGCCCGAUGAAAACCGUCGCUCCUAGCGGAAACAGAUACGUGAUGCACAUCAUCGACGACUAUAGCAGGUUCACGGUCACUUACCUGCUGCAGCACAAGUCGGAAGCAACGCAGAACAUUGUCGACUAUGUGCGUUGGGCAGAGAACAAUUUUGGACGUAAACCACGGGUUGUGCGCUCCGAUGGCGGGGGAGAAUUUGAUAACAAGCGACUGCGGAAAUUUUACUUGGAAGAAGGUAUCACUCCGCAGUAUACUACCGCGUAUUCCCCCCAGUCCAACGGUGUUGCCGAAAGGAAAAAUAGAUUGAUCACGGAAAUGGCAACAUGCAUGUUCUUUGAUUCCGGUCUUGAGAAGCGAUACUGGGGCAAAGCUGUUCUUACCGCAACGUAUCUCCAGAACCGAUUGCCGUCUAGACUCGCGAAAGCGAUGAGCAGCAGCUUCGUGGAAAACAAUGUUGCCGGGGGUUCUGCCCGGAGGCUCCCGCAGUACAUAGCCGGACUGGCGGCGUCCGGUGGAGCUUUGGCUGCCGGUACCUUUCUCGGAUGGACCGCGCCGGCGGAGAUCCCACUGGUGCAGAAAGCAGAAUAUGGCUUUCCCAUCACGACCGAGCAGUUCUCCUGGAUUGGCUCGAUGGCCACCCUGGGUGCGGCAUCAAUGUGCUUCCCCAUUGGAAUCAUGAUGAAAAUGAUUGGCCGGAAAUGGGCCAUGUUGUCCAUGGUGCUUCCGCUAUUAAUCGGUUGGCUGUUGAUCAUCUUUGCAAACAACGUGGCCAUGUUGAUGGUUGGCCGAUUCUUCCUCGGCGUUGGCGGUGGAGCCUUCAGUAUUGCCGCUCCGACCUACACGGCUGAAAUUGCUCAAUCAUCCAUCCGCGGAACGCUGGGAACCUUCUUCCAACUGUUGGUGACGGUUGGUAUUCUGUUCACUUACAGUAUCGGUGCCGUUCUAAACGUACAGGUGCUUAGUACCAUUUGCAGUGUGGUUCCACUUGCGUUUGGACUGAUCUUCCCCUUUAUGCCGGAAAGCCCGCACUACUUUAUUGAAAAGAACCGCUACAAUGACGCCUCCAAGUCCCUGAAAUGGCUCCGUGGCAGUCACUAUGACGAACGUGCCGAGAUUGAAGAUCUCAAAGAGGAAGAUGCCAAGAUGCGCGCUGACAAGAUCACCUUUGUGCAAGUUUUGAAACAGCGAGCAACCAUCCGGGCGCUGAUCAUCUGCUUAGGACUGGUGUUUUUCCAUCAGUUUUCCGGAAUCAACGCCAUCAUCUUUUACACCACCACCAUUUUCACCGAUGCCAAUACCGGACUGGAAGCCACCGAUGCCACCAUCAUCGUUGGGGUCAUCCAAGUCGUAGCCACCCUUCUGGCCACCUUCAUCGUCGACAAAUCCGGCCGAAGAAUCCUGCUGAUUAUCUCGGGCUUCUUCAUGGCCGUCUCCACUAUCCUCCUCGCCGUGUACUUCCAACUCAAGGAAGACGAUACCCGGCAGAUCGAGAACCUCGGUUGGCUCCCGCUUUUGGCCGUUUGCCUUUUCAUCGCCAUGUUCUCCAUCGGCUACGGCCCCAUUCUGUGGCUCAUGAUCGGUGAGCUGUUCGCCAACAACGUCAAGGCCUACGUCAGCCCCCUGGCCGGUGCGUCCGCCUGGCUGCUCGCCUUCUUGGUAACGAAAAUCUUCCCCAAUCUACGCGAUGGCCUCGGCAAUGCCGGAGUCUUCUGGCUAUUUUCCUGCCUCUCGCUUCUCGGAACCGUUUUCGUGUUCUUCGUGGUGCCGGAAACCAAGGGCAUUUCCCUGGCGGAAAUCCAGCGGAUGCUGUCCGGUGAGAAUGGGCGACUAGGUUCGGUCUAUAAGAGCCACGCAAAGAGUGAAGCCAAAUCUACCUACCAAACUGUCAAACCGGUUACCUCUCGGGCGAAGUAG